GGCGCUACACAAACAACGUAACAAAACAACGAAACAGUCAACACACCUACUGUUAGUAGCAUAAACAGUAGUUGAACGGUCCGAUAAACUGGAGGAUAAACGCCGCUGUGGGACAUAAUUUGAUCACGUAAUAACUGAAAAGGAUGGACUGCUGCUGACACUUCUCUCUCUGUAUAUACUGAAACAAUCAGAUUCACUAUGUCAGCCGACACAGAACUCUGCCCUGACACCAGUGACGACAACAAACUGGUCAGACCAAAGGUAGAGUUCCACUCUUUACUGCAACUUGCUGGAGCCACAAAAGAUGUUUUCACCAUGAAGGAGGUGAUGUUCUACCUGGGUCAGUACAUCAUCCAGAAGCAGCUGUACGACCAGAAGCAACAGCACAUCGUCCACUGCUCCCAGGAUGCACUGGGGCGGGUGCUGGGAGUCGACAGCUUCUCUGUUAAAGAGCCACGAGUUUUGUUUGCAAUGAUCACCAAGAACCUGGUGGCAGUGAAGAGCCAAGAGUCAUCACCAAGCUUGAAUGAAGCACACAGCACGAGUCAGGCCGACAGAGGGACAGAGGAGGCAGAUUCAGAAAGUCGCUCUUCAUCACCAGACAGGAGGAGGAGGCGAAGGAGGCGGAGGAGGAGGAGGAGCUGUAGGAGCAGUGACCCAGGACCCUCCCACAGUGUAGAGGAUGAUGAAGAUGAGGAAGAGUCAGAGGAGGAAGAGGAAGAAGAGGGUAAGAAGAGGAGGAGGUCUGACAGCUACUCUCUGACCUUUGAUGACAGUCUGUCCUGGUGUGUAAUUGGUGGAUUGGGAAGUGGGUGUGACAGACACAGCAGCCAAUCAUCAGACUCACACAGCACUUCUGGUAGGUCAGAGGUCACGGUCCCAGCCUCAGACUCAGACAGUGACAACUUCAGCGUAGAAUUUGAGGUUGAGUCCGUUGAUUCUGAUGAUUACAAUGAAGACGACGCGUCUCUGUCAGCUGAUGACCAGGUGUAUGAGGUCACCAUCUUUGAGGCAGAGGAUGAGGACUCCUUUGAUGAAGACACAGAGAUCACUGAAGCUGACUACUGGCGGUGUGCGAAGUGUGACGAGUUGAACCCCCCUCUCCCCCGAAACUGUCUCCGCUGCUGGACCCUGCGCCACGACUGGCUGCCCGAGGAGUCCGUCACCGUAACUGACUCCUCCCCUUCCAGUCCUAAAGCCCUGCCUACAAAGCCAACCAGCCAAUUAGCAGCCAAAGAAACAACAGGUUCUGAUGUCGAGGAAAAUGAAGGAGUCGAUGUUCCAGAUGGGAAAAGAGCAAAAACUCCUCCUCUGCUGUCACAGUGUCUGACUGACUCCACCGCCUCUGCUCCCAGCUCCCAGGACCUCAUCUCUUCCUCCCAGCCCUCCUCCUCCUCCUUCUCCUCCAUCGACUCCCAGGAGCUUGUCUCGUCUUCCCCCACUGCUUCAUCUCCACAACCGCUUCCCCCUGUUCCUCCGCUCGGCGUCCCCGAGUUGGAGCGCAGCACAUCAGCGGAGUGGCGGCUGCCGGACUCCUGCCUGGACCCAUGUCUCAUCUGUCAGUCCCGGCCGAAGAACGGCUGCAUCGUCCACGGACGAACUGGACACCUGAUGUCCUGCUACAUCUGCGCCAGGAAGCUGAAGAAGAGGAACAAGCUGUGUCCGGUCUGCAGGCUGCCCAUCCAGUCUGUCAUCCUCACCUACCUCAGCUGAGACACCCAGUUCUGUCCUCACCCUCCAUGUGUCCUCACCUACCUCAGCUGAGACACCCAGUCUAUCACAUUUAGGCCUUUUCCACUUCAGGAACUUAACGACUCGUGAGUUAAGGUGUAGCUAUUGUCACAGGUUCUUCCCUCUGGGUUGGUUGGGUAUUUUCAGAAUCUUGUUAUGUGCCCGGUAGUGUGUUAUCUUUUCUAUUAAAUAGCUGCGAUUUUAUUUUUUACAGAAAAUUAUUCGUCAACUAUAUUUGAUACUUUUCUUCAUCAUAUAUGAUUGUAAACAACAUGAUUGGACUGUUGGUGUAACAAAACAAGACAUCAGAAUACAUUUCCUGACAUUUUAUAGACCAAGCAAACACUGCCUCACUAUAUUUUGUCAGAAAUGACUGCACUGCAUUAUUAUUCUGUCAUCCUCUUACUGUGGGUGGGUUCUUCUGUUUACUUAGUAUCACCUUUUCAGUUAUAUCAAAAUGUGUUCUUUCAAGUUCAGGUGAUUGGUCGUUAAGUUCCUGUAGUGGAAAAAGAGCUACUUGCUAAUCUUUUCAUGCAACAGAUACAUACGACUAGGGUUUGCUAAACAUCUUCAUCACAUUUUGGCCGUCAGGUUUAUCUCCAGUAAAACUCAACUUCAGCUCCAUUAACUUCAGAGUAACUACAGAAUUACAUUGAAUAAUUAUCAAAUAAAAGUUCAGUUUCACUUCUCUGCUUAGGCACAAGUCUGCACUUUCUACUUCUCUUCAUCUGUCUUUUCUUGUCUCUCUUUUCAGGAAGAUGAUUAAAGGAGUCAGAACAAAAGUUUGGUUUUGUUCUAUAUUUUUCUUAGUGUCAUCAAGUCCCAUGAAAGACCAAAACAGCAACAUUUUAUUCUCUCUACUUCUAAAAAACAGCUGGGCUCUAACACUGACUAACUUAUUUUCAUUAUUAAUGAAUCUGCCUAUCUUCUCAGGUAAUUGAUCAAUCCUUUUUUGAUUAUUAAUGGUCAGAAAAUUGAGAAAGAAAAAUGUCCUUUAUAAUUUCCCAGAGCCCGGGGUGAUGUGUUCAUCUUGUCGUCUUGUUUUGCCUGAAUUGAGAAAAUAAUUGGCAGAUUAAUCGAUAAUGAAAAUAAUUGUUAGUUGUAAUUUGAAAAGUAACUAGUGAAUGUUUGGCAUUUGGCACAAACUAGUGAAACAGUUAAAUGAAUUCAAACCGGAGGAAAUGGGCCGCUUAGUGGGGACUAUAUUUGGUGCUGGACUGAGUAUUUCCAGCAGCAGGAUGAUGCACUAACACAAUAACAGAACAUUCAUUAUUGUUUUUGGUCUUUUUAUGGCAUUUGUUGACAGAAUAUCACCAAACUAAUCUUUGAAAUGACUCUUAAACAUCAGUACAAUUUUAAUAUUUUUCAAUCUGAAACAGAGACGAUCUCUUUGUCUGUCCUCACCUGCCUCAGCUAAACCCACUCACACUUUAAAGGAACACUCCAAAAACAUCCUGUUUCCCAGAUGACCCACAGUUUCAAUUUCAUCCCUCUCAGAUGCAAACUGUUAACCUAGAACAGUGAGCACCUGUAAAUACACCCUCCAGAAACUUUUGAAGGGUGUAUUCCUCUCAUCUGAAUUCAGGUAAAAAGCUAAAUCCCCCAGUGUGUUGGAUUGUUCCUUUAAGUGUCGUCUAGACAUCUGGUAACGCUGUAUUUGGUAAUGUUACUUUUAUGGGUCUGUAAUUUCCUGGAAAGGUUUCUGUCAUGUCAUAGGUUCAGUCACUAUCCAGUUAUUAUUGGCGGUUUUACUCUCCAAAAAGUGUGUGGGGGGGGGGGGGGCGGGGCUUAGCUGACCUUAAAGAUUUUUGAGUUUACAGUAACACUCUGUUUUCUCUAUAAUCAGUACCAGAUUACAUAGCUCUUUCCAGGGGAGUUCUUGUAAAUUAUUUACAAAUUAUUAAGAAAUUAUGGACCCAUGAAAUAAAGCUUUACCCUUUAUUUUAAAAGUCUCUAAUUUCCUAAUCCCUUCAUUUAAAGUUUCCUGGAAAGAAAUGUGAAAUUUGGUAGUAAUUAUAGUAAAAUUUGGAAUUUCCCUGAAGAAAAAAGACUUUCUCUGAUUACUGUAUUAUUAGAAAUUUAAUUUGCAAUUUACUUUAUUUAAUUUGUACAUUUGCACUGAUGUUUAAACUAAUUAUCUCUACCAGCACCAUUUGAACAUUGUCUCUAUUUUUCAUAUAAUCAGUUCUUCUUCUUUCCAGGAAACUUCCUACAAUGUUCUUAGAGAAUAAGUAGGAAGUUAUGGGCCCAUAAAAUAAAGUGUUACACAACAUCCUUAAUAUUUAUUUGUUUAUUUAAGAUGCUUAUAAAUUUAUUUAAGCUGACACUUUUCUAUGAGCUUUUUAAAUGAGAUGAAUUUAGUGAAAUCUAUAAUUUCUUGUGCAAAGUUUUCUGUGAACUGAAUAAAGUUUAACUUGACUUAU